AAAAUAAAAUAGGAUUGAAGUUAAAAAUUGGAUUCUUAAAAAAAAUGGUUUAUGAUAAUUAGAAAGAUUUUUAGUUAAAAUAAAAUAGGAUUCUUAAAAUAAAAUAUUAAAUUACAAAUCCCCUUUUGUCAUGUUAGGAAGAAAACAUCAACAAUGUCAUCCUCAUCAAGUGAUGAAGUUGAUGAAGCUAUAGAAGAAAUGGUCGACGAAGUAGUUGAUAAUUACAUCGACUCAAUAGUUGAGGUCCAAGGUAAGAAGCCAAAAAGACGUGCUUAUAUCGACAGAGAUCGGGAACAAGGACACAAUCAACUAUGGAACGAUUAUUUCAAAGAAAAUCCUACAUACCCACCGGAAAUGUUUAGGAGGCGUUUUCGAAUGAACAAGCCAUUGUUCCUUCGCAUUGUCGAACGUAUAAGUAAUGAAGUUCCAUACUUUCAGCAAAGACGAAAUGCUCACGGGAGGAACGGGCUAUCUGCACUUCAAAAGUGUACGGCAGCUAUACGUAUGCUGGCAUAUGGUCAAUCGGGAGAUACAUAUGACGAAUAUCUCCGACUCGGUGACAGUACAUCACGUUUGUGUUUGGCAAAUUUCACGGAUGCAAUAAUAGAAUUGUUUGGAAAUGAGUAUCUACGAAAACCUACAGCCGAGGAUCUUCAACGCUUACUCGAUGUUGGAGAGGUACGGGGGUUUCCGGGGAUGAUAGGCAGCAUCGACUGCAUGCAUUGGGAGUGGAAAAACUGCCCAACGGCUUGGAAAGGUCAGUUCACACGUGGUUCAGGAAAGCCGACAAUUGUCUUAGAAGCCGUGGCAUCACAAGAUCUUUGGAUAUGGCACGCAUUUUUCGGCUUACCAGGUACCCUCAACGAUAUCAAUGUUCUUGAUCGGUCCCCUGUUUUUGAUGACAUCUUACAUGGUCGAGCACCAAAAGUUAAGUUCAAGGUCAACAACCACACUUAUCGUAUGGCCUACUAUCUUACUGACGGAAUUUAUCCAAACUGGUCAACAUUUAUCCAAUCCAUCCCACUUCCUCAAGGUCCUAAAGCCGAGAAAUUUGCAGAAAAGCAAGAAUCCGCCAGAAAAGAUGUCGAACGGGCUUUUGGAGUAUUGCAAUCGAGGUUUGCAAUUGUUAAAAACCCAGCUCUCCAAUGGGACAAGGAGAAGAUAGGAAAGAUCAUGAGAACUUGUGUCAUAUUGCACAAUAUGAUAGUAGAGAACGAACGACACGGAUACGCUCAAAUUGAUACUUCUGAGUUCGAGUCCGGAGAAUCAAGCAGAACUUCGAGGGUGACAAGGAGAGAAAGCAUUCAUGUCGGUGAUAUGUUAGGCAUGCGCAGAGAAGUUCGAGAUCCAGAGAAGCAUGCUCGUUUGAAAGCUGAUUUGAUGGAAAAUAUAUGGCAAAAGUUCGGUGAUGAAGAUGAAUAAAUAAGUUAUGUAUGUUAGAAAAAUUUCUCUUUUAUGUAAUGUACUUUUAAUGUAUUGAAUAAAAUGUUUUCAUAAUUUUAAUAAUAUGUUUUAAUAUUUUAUUCAUCUUUUCUGAAUAUUUUAA